ACUCUGCAGACGGAAGAACAGACAGCUUCCCUGUCUGUCACUGCAGCUCCCUCCCAACUGAACGACCGGACUGUCUGAUCGGAUUCGGAGCGAUGGACGCCGGCGCCGAAAUUAACUUGACGGUGAAAUUUAGCGGGAGAUCAAUCCCGAUAUCGACGUCGCCGGACACGACUGUCAAAGAGCUGAAGUCUCUCCUCCAACCUCUCACCAAUGUGCUCCCUCGCGGUCAGAAGCUCAUCUUCAAAGGGAAGGUCUUGGUGGACUCACAGACGUUGAAGGCGUCAGACCUGACCAAUGGAGCUAAACUCAUGCUUAUGGCCUCUCAGGGACUUCACCAGGGGGAUGGUCCCAUUCUGAAAGAAGCAAGAACUCGACCGAUCAGGAGGGAUAAUGAUGCAUGUAAUGCGGCAAAACAGAAGAUGGUAACCCACGUUGAUAAGACCAGAUUGGAACGAUGGAAAGCCACUGGAGUCGUUGCACUAGCUGACUGCAAUUUGAAGGCCAUACCAGACGAAGUAUGGGCUUGUGGAACUUCUACGAGGACCCUCGACAUAUCUAAUAACAGUAUUCAAGAUGUACCUUCACAAAUUGGGAGCUUGACUUCCAUGCAGAAGUUCAUGUUGAAUGCUAAUGGACUGUGUGAUGAAUCCAUCAGUUGGGAAGGCCUUGCAUCCUUAAAGUUUUUGACAGUCCUAUCAAUGAGCCAGAAUAAUUUGACAGCUCUGCCCUUGGCACUGGGUUCCUUGGGUUCUUUGCGGCACCUUGACAUAGCAAAUAACAAGUUGACCAGUCUCCCCGAUGAAAUAGGAUGCUUGACUCGGCUUGAAUUGCUGAAAGCCAAUAAUAAUAGGAUAAGCACUAUCCCUGCCCAUAUUGACGGCUGCUGCACGCUCAUGGAGGUUGACCUCUCGCACAAUCUUCUCUUGGAGCUCCCUGAGACAGUCUGCAACUUGCGUAAUUUGAAGGCUCUGCAUCUGAGCAACAAUGGGCUUAACACGCUGCCCCAUAAUCUAUUCAAGGAAUGUACUUCUCUCUGUACCCUGGGUCUUCACAACACCGAAAUCACAAUUGACAACAUUCGCCAGUUUGAAGGAUGGGAAGGAUUUGAGGAACGGAGACGCUUGAAGCAUCAGAAACAAUUGGACUUCCGAGUCGCCAGUUCAGCUGAAUUUGACGAAGGUGCUGACAAGAAAUGAGAGAUCGGAAUUGCAAGGCAACGGUCAGACUGUGCUGUCAUUACAAAUUAUAGGCCCGCAGUAUAAUGGAGAAAGGGGAAAAUAAAAUCGUCUUCAUUGUUUGAUGCGAAUUUGGAUCAGGCAGUGAUGCACGGAGUGAAUUCGAUGGCUUUACGAACGACCGGACCGAGGAAGAUGAAAGGAAAUGGCAUCCAAAGGGUCCUGCGUGGUACUACUAGGACCCAUCUACGCAGUCCUAUAACUUUUUUUAACACAGCGACAUUAUUAAAUACAAUUAAAAUCUGUUGUUUAUAAUGGACAGGUGUCGGUCCAUUAAAUUUUGCAAUUUUUUUUUAAUCUUUGCCUAAUAGCAUUUUAAAAGUUUGAAGGGAGAUAAGAGGCUAGAAUAGCUAAUUAAGUGUAGAGGUAAAGUAUGUCUCCCCUCAGUGCAAGUGUUAGGAGUUUGAUUCCCUGCCCACCCUUAUUGGAGGCGGCAUUUUAUUCUUUCUUUUUAUAUA